CACCCCACGAGACCUGUUGUUUUGGAGAUGCUCUGGCCCAGUCAUCUAACUAUGGUAAAUGGUUCCAAAGUGCUUUACACUGUGUCUCAUUCACCCAUUCACACAGACACUCACACACCAAUGGUAGCAGAGCUGCCAUGUAAGGCGCUAGCUUGCCAUCAGGAGCAACUUGGGGUUCAGUGUCUUCCAAGGACACUUCGGAGUGUGGAGUCAUGCUGGGAAUCGAACCGCCAACCCUACCAUUAGUGGACAACCCGCUCUACCCUCUUAGCCACAGCCUCCUGUCACAACUAUCACAAUUUGGCCCUUGUCAAGGUCGCUCAGAUCUUUAUGCUUGCCCAUUUUCUCUGCUUCCAACACAUCACCUUUGAGAACUGACUGUUCACUUGCUGCUUAAUAUAUCCCACCCCUUGACAGGUAUUGUAACGAGAUUAUCAAUGUAAUUGAUGUCACCUGUCAGUUGUUUAAUGUUAUGGCUGAUCGGUGAUUUCAGGAGGUAUUUACUCAUUAGUUUGAUUGUGACUUGUAUUUCUACUUCUACACUGUAAGAUCUUUUUAGCCUUAAAAUAGGAUGUUAUAUAGACUCUAUAGUCCAUCCGUCUUCUAUACCGCUUUAUCCCAGGGAGCAUCGGGCACAAGGCGGAGUACACCCUGGACAGGGUGCCAAUCCAUUGCAGGGCACAAUCACACACAUUAGACUCUAUAGUAAUAUAAUAAUAUUGUAAAGCUUACUAUGAAUUCUUGGAUAAAAAAUGAAUGGGAAACGUUAGUGAUAAUAUAAGGUUUGUUUGCGUGACUAUGGAAUCAAAAGCUGCAUGGCUGGAAAACACCAGGCAGCCAAACUGGUGAGUCUGUGAGGUUUGGUGUGUUGUGUGUUCUGAGAUGCUUUUCUGCUCACCACGAUUGUAAAGAGUGAUUAUUUGCAUUACUGUAGCCUUCCUGUCAGUUCGAGUCAUGUGUUUCACUGCUGCUCACUGGGUGUUUUUUUUUUUUUUUUUUUAGCACCAUUCAGUGUAAACUGUUGCAUGUGAAAAUCCCUGGAGAUCAUCAGUUUCUGAAAUCAUGAUAUUAUGCAUUGUGCUCCUGCAUGACAGAUGAUUAGCUGAUUGGAUAACCGCAUGGAUUUGCACGUGUACAAGUGUUCCUAAUAAAGUGGACUAGUCUUUUAAAAGAAAAGAAAUCAACAUGCCUAUCACAGUCAUGACCAUAACAUUAUAGUGUUCUGCCGGGGUUAAAGACUGAGCAGCAGUAAUACUGAAGUCACGCAGUGAGACUGAAUGGGUUGAAGGAAUUCGUUUGAAAGAACCGAAUCAGCAAAGUGACUCGUCUAUGCUUAUUACUACCCGAACGCGCGCAGUUCACAAACGGGGUGUGGAAAGGCAGCGCAAGAGCGCACGAGAGCGUCGUUUUCGUACCUCGGGGAGAAGUUUUCUAGCACUUAACGCUCGGCUUGUAUCCAUUCGAUUUUUUAUUGUUAGAGUUUUUUAUUUUAUUUUUAUUUUUUUGCAAACAGCGCUCGGAAUGAAUGCGCGUUUCAGGAUCCGCGCGUGCGCUUGUCCGUUGUGCUGAUACCCAUUGCGCGCUUUGAGCUUGGCGACGUGCUCAGAUUUUUCCAUCCCAGUGAAAAAAAAAAAAAAAGACUGAUUUUAUUUUUUUUUAAUCCAAUUAGUUUUCAACUUCAGCGCUUCAGGUUGUCUCAGGAUUAGGAUUCAGGCUCAGCACGUGCGUCCGCUGUGCGUUCGUGGUAAGAAGCGCGCGAAUGCUGAUGCCAGCGCGUGCCGGAUGAGCAUGAGUCCGCCGCCAUGGCUCGCUGUGACCGCGGCGUUCAGACUCUUCUCACGGCUCUGGGCGCGUUCACUGCCUUCAGUCUCAUGACGGUAGCCAUCGGCACGGACUACUGGCUCUACUCGCGCGCGUACGUGUGUAACGCCACCAACAGCAGCGCGGACGAAGCGGAAAACCUGCUGCAGCCUAAAAAGACCAGAGGAGACCUGACACACUCUGGCCUCUGGAGGAUCUGCUGUAUUGAAGGAAUCAACAAAGGAAGCUGUUACCGGAUCAAUCACUUCCCUGAGGAUAAUGACUAUGAUACAGACAGCUCUGAGUACAUCCUGCGGAUUGUGCGAGCAUCCAGCCUUUUCCCCAUCCUGAGCACUAUCCUGCUGCUACUGGGAGGAGUGUGUGUGGUUGUAGGACGAGUUUACAGCGGCAGGAACAACAUCCUCCUUAGUGCUGGCAUCUUGUUUGUGGCUGCAGGUCUGAGUAACAUCAUAGGCAUCAUCGUGUAUAUCUCGAGCAAUGUCGGCGACCCCAGCGACAAGAAAGGCGAAGACAAGAAGAACCAAUACAGCUACGGUUGGUCCUUCUACUCUGGCGCAUUGUCAUUCAUCGUGGCUGAAGCUGUUGGCGUGCUCGCUGUCAACAUCUACAUUGAGAGAAACAAGGAAGUGCACGUCAAGCGGCGCAACUUCAUGAAAACCGGUGUGUCAUCCUCCUCACCAUACAUGCGAAUCCCAAGUUACCGGCAGCGCAGGCGGCGCUCUCGCUCCAGUUCGCAUUCCACCGAGCCGUCUCGAGAUAACUCGCCUGUCGGACGGAAGAUGGCGGCAUCCGCACUGCCUCUAGGUGAGAUCUCCAUGUACACUCUAGGUCGAGAACACCCACUGAGGUCAGGAGGCGCAUACGGGCCCUACCCAGAACCACCCAACUUUCUGCAAGUUCACAACAGCUACGCCAAAGGCACGAAAGACGUCAUUAACCGCAGGACCACGCCCGUUUAAAUGUCUGGUUCAAGAUGGCUGAGUCUUGGUGGCACUUGGAAGUAUUAGUAUCACUAUGGCCGAGUUUCGGCAAAGUUAACAAUGAAAUGUUGAUUUGAGGGAGCGAUGUUUCUUUAACACAUGUUUUAAAGAUAACUAAUGGACGUUGUAGCAUUUUCUGAGCCAUGUUUUGGCUCUGAGUUUCAUACUGUAUAUUCAUAUGCACAGUCGGCAGUCCAAGUAGCAAUAUUUCAAUGCACUGAAUAUUGAAAUAUCGAAAUAUUAUCCCAGAAUUGUUUGAGUAUUUUCAUGUUUUAUUUUUGUCAGUAUGUUUGACACUCAAGGCCAGUUCACACUGGACACAUCAUGUCAAGCGUCACGUGUAACUGAACAUCACAGAUCAAUUUCAACUUCAAAUCCAUUUUUAAAGUUUUUCAAUCCACCCUGACACAUUAGAGAUUAGAAGCGUUUCAGUGAACAUCCUUAUCGGGUUUGCUCGUGUGGGGUUUUUUCCCACUCCUGCUCAUGCGUCAAGUGUAAACGCCACAGAAAGCCAGUGAAAUCAUAAAACCACACUUUAUAUACACUGUGUACUUUAUUUAAAAUAACAAUCUACAAAAAUGUCAUUAUGCAGCCUGUAGUUGCUAAGUGUUUGUACGCUAUGGUACUCAUUUUACCUCAACAUGG